CCCUACUGGCCCUCAGCUUUUGGUGAAAUGCGACCUCCUCUGCGCUGGGUGCUGUGGGACGUGAAAGACACCCUGCUGAAGGUGCGUGCUACUGUGGGAGAGCAGUACUGCAAGGAGGCCGAACGAAUGGGCUUGAAUCUCAGUGCUGUGGAGGUCGAAGCUGCUUUCCUCCAGGCAUAUCGACAUCAUUCCAGCAGAUACCCAAACUAUGGCCUCACUCAGGGCCUGGAUGGACGGUCUUGGUGGAUGGGGGUGGUGCAGGAAUCUUUCUCCCAGUGCAGGGUACAGGACCCAGCCCUGCUGAAUACAAUGGCUCACAACCUUUAUCAUAACUUCUGCAAUGCAGAGAACUGGGAGGUAUUUCCAGACUCAAAGAAGGCCCUGGAGAGUUGUUCUUCUCUAGGACUGAAGCUGGGUGUGGUAUCAAACUUUGAUAGCCGCCUAGAAGAGAUCUUACGUGUUUGUGGUCUGCUGUCUCACUUCAGCUUUUUGAUAACAUCAGAGGAAGCAGGUAUAGCAAAGCCGAGUCCUACCAUCUUUAAUCAGGCACUGCAGAAAUGUGGUGUACCAGCUGCAAGUGUAGCUCAUGUUGGGGACCACUAUAUGAAUGACUACCUCGCCUCUCGGUCUGUGGGCAUCCACGGGUUCCUAUUAGAUAGAAACAACAAGCAUAACCGACCUGACGUUCCUCAAGAGCAUCGGCUCAGCUCUCUGGAGGAGCUGCCAUCACAGCUUCAGCCGCACAUCAACUAAUGCUCACUCUGCAAAUCCCUUCACAUUAAGAAGGGAUCAUUUCACAGCCAGUGCGGACAGAGGGGAUUUUUAAAGCCUCCAACAACUCUUAUGAUGUACAUAUGGGCAUGUGAGUAUUGUAAGAUGUAAUAAAAAUGUGAGCCUAUCCUAUAAGACAGGUGGAUGGAGGUGAGGCAAGGGUGUAGACAAGACAAACUCUGAAAGCACGAGCAAACUUCGAUCAUCAAUUUAUAAACAUGCAUUUAAAUAUCAAGACACCACAUUCAUGCUGUAUAAAAUUAAUUGUCUUGAAAGUUGUCUGUGUUAAAAUGACCUUCCUUUUUAUGUGAUUUGAUGUGAACUGACCCUUUAACUGAUGCUCUGAGCUUUCAUCGUUCCUGAUGAUUUGUUUCAGUGCUUAGCAGUGAGGAGAACAAGGCAGGGUUGCUUAACCCUAAUACCUUUGUAAAUACUCUUAUUUUAAACCAUCUGGUCAGAGGCAGAUACUGAGAAUGUUGGGCUGAGGAUCAAAAGGCCCAGAAGAGGAAGCAGAGGGGAAAAAAAAAAAGACCAGAAUGGCAUUGCAAUUCAAAGCAGAGCUUCAGCCUCUUAUGGGGAAUAGGGAUUGACACUUGUCCAAAUCAGAUUUAAAGAGUUCAAGAGAAUUUCCUGAUGUUGACAACACACAUCCUUCCACGUUGCGUGAAUUAACACCCAGUUUUUAAUAAGUCUUAAUUUCCCUUUUCUUUGCCUUUUUUUUUUUUUUUUUUUUUUUUUUUUUUUUUUAUUUAAUUUGUUUCACAAUGCACUACUUUGUAUGUUAAAGGGUAUUGUGUAUCUUUAGGGAAGCACCCACAAGAGCUGCUUAAUUCAAAGCUGGUUUAGUAGCUCAGCCAGACGGCUCUAAGGGGCUCCACAGAAAUCCAAUUGCAGACAUAAUGGGAUUGCAAAACAAAACGAAGCUCCUCAUGCGGAGAGCGAAAGGGAAGAGCAGAGGAGAUGCAGCACAUUAAGAGGGAAGAUGUCAACCCUAAUGACAUACAACCGAAAUGAAACAAAUCAGGAUGUAUGUUGGGCAGUUUCGCACAUUGAACAAAUGCUUUAACAUGAAUGGGUAUACAUUCUGUGUACUCAAGAAGACAAAUAAAUAAAUAAAUAAACUUAAUGGCAAUAUAGAAGAGGGCUGAAACAUUUCCUUCAGCUAUAAAAGCACUCAAGAGUUUGGCUCUUUCUUCAGUUGUGCCUGGGGUUCAGGGUUUCAUGUUGGCAUUUCUGCAUCUUGAAAUAUUCAGUGGAAGAGAAAAAUAGUAGAGCAGAGCAUCAGAAAAUCGGGGUAUUUGAAGAGAGAGCGAGAGAAAAAAGGGAAAGAGCUUCAGAAGUAUAAAGAAGGUCACGCGAUGAAUCCAAUAACAGACUCCAGAGAUGGAGCAGCAAUUACUAAGCACAUGAAUAAAAAAAAAUAUGCACACACAUUUGCAUUUUUUUUUUUUAUUCUUCAUUGGAAAACGCAUAUAAUAGAGGCUUCCCAAUUGUGACAACAUAAAUCUGACAAAGGGUUAAUGCAUGAGAAAAAUCACCCUCUUCAGAUGAUUUUGUAUUGACACCGUAUAUAUACACAUUGAAUAUUUCUGUGGUUUUGAUAUUUACACAUGAAAUGCUGUAAUAACAAAUAUUAACACAUAUUCUGAAUGUAAAUAUCAUCACAUACUGUAAACAAAGACAAGCGUAUCAUCCCCUCAGAGUCUUCUGGCAUAUAAAUACCAUCACAUUCAUUUUAUGGUGGAUGGGUUUUUUUCCUCCCCAUCUUAUCACACAAAGCACAUACACACUUUAUAUCAGUUUCUAAUCAUUAUUUUGUAUUCCUUCACCACUUAUUAUUCCAGUUUUUUUAAGAAAGUCUUAAAUAUUGUGUUUUAAAUUAACCUUCAGAGGCUUUUUCUCUCUUUAAAAAGUAUUUACAUUUAAAGCAUAGGCAAUGCUAUAACACACCACUCUUGAAAUAAAAAAAGUGUUUUGUGUUGUUUCUUUAAAAAAUACAAGCUGUGAUUUAAGUGCAUGCAUGCUUAGGUGGAUGUGUACAAACUGUGUGCCUCUUCCCUUCAGUGCUCUUUCAGGCAAAGUUAGAAACAAGUGUAUUUGGCAUCUCUCAUUAUGUGGACACUUUUUCAAGUACAGUAACUGCAGUUUGUUUGUUUUUUUAGGAACAGCAAGCUUGCAGAAAAGUGCAACAGUAAAAUAGGACCAUGGGAUAACGUGGCCUCCCAGGGUGUGCAUGUGGCGUUACAGUUAUAGCUUGCAAAUCAAAAACCUCUGAUGCAUUAACAUGUCCAAGUACAGCUCAGGAAUAAAAAAUAAAACUGACAAAUAUUUCAGCUUCAGUAGCAAUA